UGUUGCUGACGCGCGGGUGGCCGGCCCGGCCGCCUCGGGAGCGGGGGGCGCCUCGGACCCCAGCGGGGGCUGGGCCCCGCCUUCCUUCUCUGUCUUCUUAUUUUUUGUUAUUAUUAUUUUUACCCUCCCCGGUAGCGGCCCGGCGGGUGCCCGCGGUCCGCGCCCGCCCUGCCCGCGCCCGGCAGGAGGGGGUUGAAAAAAAAAAAAUGUCUUUCUUCAACUUUCGUAAGAUCUUUAAGCUGGGCGGCGAGAAGAAGAAGAAGCAGUACGAGCACGUCAAGAGGGACCUGAACCCGGAGGAGUUCUGGGAGAUCAUCGGGGAGCUCGGGGACGGUGCUUUCGGCAAGGUGUUCAAGGCUCAGAAUAAAGAAACAAAAGUACUGGCUGCUGCAAAGGUGAUUGAUACUAAAUCAGAAGAAGAACUAGAAGAUUACAUGGUUGAGAUUGAUAUUUUAGCUUCCUGUGAUCAUCCUAAUAUCGUUAAGCUCCUAGAUGCUUUCUACUAUGAAAAUAAUCUUUGGAUCCUGAUCGAAUUUUGUGCCGGUGGAGCAGUAGAUGCAGUAAUGUUGGAGCUUGAGAGGCCACUAACAGAGCCACAGAUCAAAGUGGUGUGCAGGCAGACACUGGAAGCAUUGAACUACUUGCAUGAAAAUAAGAUUAUCCAUAGAGAUCUAAAAGCUGGCAAUAUUCUUUUCACAUUAGAUGGAGACAUUAAACUAGCGGACUUUGGCGUAUCAGCUAAAAACACAAGAACAAUACAGAGAAGAGAUUCUUUUAUUGGUACACCAUAUUGGAUGGCUCCAGAAGUAGUAAUGUGUGAGACAUCUAAAGACAGACCUUAUGAUUACAAGGCUGAUAUUUGGUCUCUGGGCAUUACUUUAAUAGAAAUGGCUCAAAUAGAACCACCUCAUCAUGAAUUAAAUCCAAUGCGAGUGCUUCUGAAAAUAGCAAAAUCUGAUCCACCUACGUUAGCCCAGCCUUCAAAAUGGUCGUCAGAUUUUAAAGAUUUUCUAAAGAAGUGUUUGGAGAAGAAUGUGGAUGCAAGGUGGAGUGCAGCCCAGCUUCUACAGCAUCCAUUUGUCACUGUUACUUCCAAUAAACCAAUAAGGGAAUUGAUUGCGGAAGCUAAAGCUGAAGUUACAGAAGAAGUUGAAGAUGGUAAAGAUGAGGAUGAAGAGGAGGAAACAGAAAAUUCUCUGCAGUUACCUGCAGACAAGCGUGCAUCCUCUGACCUUAGUAUUGCCAGCUCUGAAGAGGAUAAACUUUCACAGAACGCCUCUGUUCUGGAAUCUCUUUCUGAGAAAACAGAAAGUAAUGCAACCGAAGAGAAAAACAGCAUUGUAUUUCCAGAUGAUAAAACAACUGGAGAUGAAUCUGAGGACAUUAAAUUUGGGGAAGCAGCUGAUAACAUAUGUGAUACUACUGUUGGCAAUAUGAAAGUGCAGAAUGGUUCUGUGCCCACUGAUAAAGGUGAGCAAGGCAAAAUAUUGGCAACUGAAAAGAAUAUAGAAAGACUAGAGGAAGCACAUGAAGAUACUGAACUCCAGAAAGGAAAGAAUGAAGCUGAUAUGGUUACAAAACCAGAAAUAAAGGAUGAACACAACUUAAAAAUAGAGAAAGAAAAAGACAUUGGAAAUAAACAGAUGGAAGAAAAUAAACUGAUAAUAGCACCCACAACUGAAAAGAGCAUUGACACUGGGGAAGCCUUUUCUAAGGAAACUGGUGAAAAAGAGGAGAAGGAAAACAGAGCAGAUAUUCCAGAAAAUAAAAACAGAGAGGUCACUGUAGAAAAUACUGCAGAGCAAAAGGAAGAUAAAGACAAAGCUCAGAAAGAAGUGGUGAUGGACACCACUACAGAAAUUUUAGCUAACGCUCAGGAUAAAACAUCUGAUGAAGAAAAGGAACUAAUAAGCCUUGGAGUUGACAAUAAUCAGGACAUAGGCAGUAAUGGUGAAACUCAGAUCAGUGAUGGGCAUAAAAUAUCUGAGACAGAGGAUAAGCUAGCAGAAAGUCAGCCUGCGCAGGUCCAUGAGAUAAUCAGCUCUGAGGAAACAGUGUCUAAAAGCCAAGAUAAAACAAUCGAAGUAGAGAAGAAACUGGAAGAAAGUGAAAAUGAGGAUAUUUGUAAAAUAAGCAACAUGGAGGAAAGUAAGAUCAAAGACUCUGAAAAAGAAGACACAGACCAGAAGGCAAUAGAGAGUAAGCCUGAGGAUAUUCCUGAUAAAGUGGUGGAUAAACCAACUGAGACGGACCAGGAUGCAGAAGGGCGCAGACAUGAGACUAUCCAGACAAGCAGUACUCAAGUAGAGAAAAAACCUUCAGAAAUUACUUCAGAUGAACUAGUAAAGAAUAAGCUUCAAGGUACAGAAGAUGAACAAGCCGAUGACUCUGAGCUCACUCCGGUUCCCAGUAUUAGCAUUAGCACCGAAGAAAAUGAGGAAAAAGUUAAAACAGAUAAUCAAAAUAAUACUGAAACAUUACAGCAGCUGGAAUCAGAGACACUAAAGGAAAAUGAUGCAGAUUCAGGCACUGGUUCUGCAGCUGAUAACAGCAGCAUUGAUUUGAACUUGUCCAUUUCUAGCUUCCUCAGUAAAAACAAAGAGACAGGAUCAAUAUCUUUACAAGAAACUAGAAGACAAAAGAAAACAUUAAAGAAAACUCGCAAGUUUGUUGUUGAUGGAGUAGAAGUGAGUGUGACCACAUCAAAAAUAGUUACUGAAAAUGACUCAAAAAGUGAAGAAAUGCGAUUUCUACGGCGUCAAGAGCUGAGAGAGCUGAGACUUCUUCAGAAGGAAGAGCAGAGAGCUCAACAGCAGCUCAGUAAUAAACUCUUGCAACAGCGAGAACAGAUGUACAGGCGUUUUGAACAGGAAAUGACAAGUAAAAAACGGCAGUAUGAUCAAGAAAUAGAAAAUCUAGAAAAGCAACAGAAACAGACAAUAGAGCGUUUGGAACAGGAACACACAAACCGUUUAAGAGAUGAAGCAAAACGUAUCAAAGCAGAACAGGAGAAGGAAUUGUCUAAAUUCCAGAACAUGUUGAAGAAUAAAAAAAAGGAGGAGCAAGAAUUUGUGCAGAAGCAGCAACAAGAACUGGAUGCCUCUCUGAAGAAAAUUAUUCAGCAGCAAAAGACAGAACUAGCCACUAUUGAACGAGAUUGCCUCAACAACAAACAGCAGCUCAUGAGAGCUCGUGAAGCUGCAAUCUGGGAGCUGGAAGAACGACACUUGCAAGAGAAGCAUCAGCUCCUCAAACAGCAACUCAAAGAUCAGUACUUCAUGCAGAGACACCAACUGCUUAAGAGGCAUGAAAAAGAAACAGAGCAAAUGCAGAGAUAUAAUCAACGACUUAUUGAGGAGUUAAAGAACAAGCAAACUCAGGAAAGAGCACGGCUGCCUAAAAUCCAGCGAAGCGAAGCAAAGACUCGAAUGGCUAUGUUUAAGAAAAGUUUAAGAAUCAACUCAUUAGCUUCUCCAGACCAAGAUCGUGAAAAAAUUAAACAGUUUGCUGUUCAAGAAGAAAAGAGACAAAAAAAUGAGAGACUGGCUCAGCAUCAGAAACAUGAAAAUCAAAUGCGGGACCUUCAGUUGCAAUGUGAAGCAAACAUCAGAGAGCUGCAUCAAUUACAGAAUGAAAAAUGCCAUCUACUGGUUGAACAUGAGACUCAGAAGCUGAAAGAACUGGAUGAAGAGCACAGCCAAGAACUGAAGGAAUGGAGAGAGAAACUGAGACCAAGAAAAAAGACACUGGAAGAGGAAUUUGCUAGAAAACUGCAAGAACAGGAAGUUUUCUUUAAAAUGACUGGAGAAUCUGAAUGCCUUAAUCCUUCAACACAAAGCCGGAUUUCCAAAUUCUAUCCAAUCCCCAGCCUUCACUCCACUGGGUCGUAACUCUGGGAACUGCUGUAGGUUUUUCGUAUUUGGAAUUCUCCAUCCUCAUCAUCUAACCUGAUAUAAUCUGCAGUGUGCAUCAAGGGACCGUAGCGCGCUCUGUUUUCAGUGGAGACAAUCAGUGUCGCUUUCGUUUUUUUCCUUCUUCUCUGAAUGGAAGAAAACAAAAAAGGGGAACAGACAGUGUAUAAUGGUAAUGUGAUGUCCUUCAGCUCUUUCAAGAAUAAGUGGAUUUUUUAAUCUAAGACUCAGUACGUUACUUUCGGGUUUGGCUUCAAGUAAGCAAGCCUAAAAUAAUAUAAUCUUUAUGAUCACAAAAAAAAAAAGGUUUCUCAUGUAAGCAUUUAAAUGAUGUAAUAUUAGUUCUACUGCUGUGUUUUUAAAUAUCUGGUUUCUCUGCAACAGAAUUCCAUAACUGAAACAGCCGUAAGAGGUUUAAAAUGUUGUAAAUGUUGAGUAGUGGCUUCAUAACAAGGACUGAAACUAAUUAGAACAUGCCAAUAAUCAGAAAAAUAAACCCUUAGAUUUAAACGUGAUUGGUAACAGCAAAAGCCUUUACAACUUAUUUAAAAACAAACAAACAAAAAACAAAAAACAAACCUCUGGCAUAAAUUAAACUGAGCAGGUCUCCAUUGCAUAUUUUGUCCAUUAAUUCCAUAAUGAAAUGGGGUGCUAGUUUAAUUAAUACAGUGCCUGAAACACUUAGAUAUGCUACUCUUGGCAACAAGAUAGUGUUUUGUCAUUAAAGAAAACCUCCUUAACAUUGUUUGUUACUGUACAAAACAAAAAAUUCGUGCUGCUACUGCCAUUUUGUCAUAAGUCCUCACCCUAAAAUAUUUUGCACUAAAAUAUGUAAAGGUGAAAAGAAUGCUAACUUUAAAAUGCACAGUUUAUUUUCCUUAGCUAUUGCAGGUGGUUAGUUCUACAAAUGGAAAAAAUGUAGAAUGUAUUUUUUAGAAUACAGUGUGCAAAAUGCACGUGGUUUCUCUAACUUUACCUGGAAUGGGUAGAGCCAUCUUUUUGUUCUUACCAAAGCCUGUUCUUUUAAACUCCUCAGAAAAGUGGAGGUGGAUGGUCAUAUUUAUAAAUAACCAUGCCUGAAGUCUGAUUCAAUUAGAUGCGUUAGACUUGACUUAUUUUUAAUUUUAGUCAUUUUAUUUUAUAGAAAGAUUUAAGUUAAAUAUAUAGACAAACUACAAAGCUGGGUUUUCUGCUUUUUGUUUUGCUACAUACUAACAAAUACGGUUUUUAUUUUUCAAGUUCAUAGAUGUAUAAUAAGUUAUUUACCUGACUGAUCUGCAGUGGAAAAAACCUGAAAUGUUUCUCAUAUAGCAGGUAGGGAAAUAUAACUGUAUUAGAUCACUUUUAGUGCACUCCUUUUCAUCGCUAGAAUUUGAGUCAUAUCAAGACAGUAUUAUAAGCUGUACUUUGGUAUGCCAAAGUUAAAUUUGUAAAAUAGUAUUUCCUUUCUGUCAUUUGAGGCCUAUCUUUCUAGUCUCUCUGGGUAUCGACUGUAAACCUUUCCUUUUUAUUUUGCUAGCUUGCAUUAAAUGUGAGACUGGUGAACAUUGUAUGAUGUUCAUUUCAUGGGAACAGUGUUGAUGCAUGGGAAUGAACUCAUAAAUAACAUAGGACUUUAAUCAGAUUUGAUUGAAAUCUUGGAUGCUGAAAUCCUUGGAUGUUGAACCUAUACCUUCUUAAUGGAGACAUUUAAUUUACAGCACAGUAAAAAUAAUUGAAAAAUGCAUGUUUUGAUUUAAAUUUUGUAACUUUUUGAUAAGCAUAAUUACUUUAAUAGCUAGCCUUAAUUUCUGAUGUUUUAUUAUAUAAAUAUGUAUUGUGUACUGUUGUAAAUUCACAUACCAUAUCUCUAGAAUGUUAUCUGUUGCUAAACGCAAAGUUCUUUAAACUGUUUGUUCAGUAGGGUGAAAAAUGUCUUUGAAGGCCUUCACUUUUUAAACUACACCAUUUUAAAUUGACUGUUACUAAAAUGGCAUCAAAGUAAUCCUUAUCUCUGUAUUGAACAGAAUUUAUUAGCCAUUUCGUAUAAAAUAGGCUCAGUGAUUGAUUUGGGGAGUAGAUGUGGCAGGCAAAUUUCCCUUCUGAAUUCUCUCUUCCUUCAUCCACAUCAAAAAAAAAGAGAAGGUAACCUCUUUCUCUGAGAUUUUAAUCUUGGUGGUUUCAGCGGUAACUUGCUAAUAUAUAUAUUGACAUACUGUUUACCUCUGUCUAAACCUUUUAAAUCUAUUAUUUGAAUCCCAUCUUUUUCAGAGAAAACCUCUGUAAUCUGACCGCAUUGUAAACUGUACAAACAAAUCCCUGAAUUCUCUGAAGAAGGGAGGGAUUGAAUGUAGCAACUGAAGCCUUAGCGAGCGUUUGGUCCGGUCUUGAGCCGUGGAGCACUGCUGAGCCGUUGCAGCCUUGUGAGCUGUACUGAGAACUGAUACCUGGUGUGAAAAUAUAUUUUUCUGGGAUAACAGGAACUGGCAUGGGUACUUAUGCAUUUAGACUGAUAGAAUUGGUUUUAAGGUAUUGUGGAACAUGAAAGAGGUGCACGCUAUUGUAUCAAUGUCAGAAAAUUCAAUUCAAAUGAAUUUAGUCUCGCAUAGGCCUGGAAGAGAUCAUCUCAGAUAUAAAAUCCAAUCUCUCUGCUUCACAUGUCACUAAUCCCUUUAACAAAUGUAACAAGUUUCAUCUUAAGGGCAGUUAGGUAUAUUCUUCUUAGCUGGAAAUAAUGUAUUUUUUUUUACUGACAUUUGGGGAAAUCUCGUUUUUCUGAUAUGCCCCUCAAAAGACGAUCCCAAGUCAGUAUUUGCUCACGUUUGUGCUCUACUGCAUCGUAGGUACUUUGAACAGGAAAAACAGCAAAGGCAAUAAGAUGUUUGAAGUGCAGUGUGAUAUAUCAGUUUUUCUUUAUAUUUACAAUUGAUUCUCGCAGAAGAACUGCCUGUGGGCCUGCGGCCUCUGACUGUUUCGGACCUCCAAAUUUAUUCUUAGCCUCUGAAAGCAGAUUUCAGCAACUACCGCAUCAGCUUUCUUGGGACAGGAUCUUGUAAGGGUAGGAGCCAGUGGUUCUACUUGCAUCGUAACCGUUACUAGAGCUCAGGUGUUUGCAGGAUCUCGUAGCCUUGUGCUAAAGCAAUUUUGCAGGUAGGUCGUCGGCCCUGGAGGAAAGGGGCCGCGUGUCGGAUCUUGCAGCCGGGAGGACUCUGCCACUGGCUUGGGUGAGGGGGAGAUAGUCCAGCCUGUUUGCUCCCCUCUGAUUCCAAUGAAAUAUAUUUAAUUAUUUAUUUUCCAAGUAAUUUGCUAUCUCUGCUGAGUACAUGGAAAAACAUGUACAGCAUGAAAGAAACAAUACUGUCGUUAGGGUCCAAAAAAUCACUUAUGUUGUUAUUCUUAUAUUUGAUUAGCUAUAUCCUACUCCAGUCUUAAAGGUUUUCUUUUAGAAGGUGUCAGGAUGUCUGAUUACAAGUUCAGAAGAGGCAGUAAUGCAGCUAUUCACAAGGCUGGUUUGAUUUUCAGGGUCAUGACCAGUGGCAUUUACUCCGUGAUUUUUUCAUUUUUUAAAAAAAAAAAUUAUAUUCAUUCCACAUCACAUCCUUUUUUUUUCAGGGUAUGUUUUAAGGUAGUAUCAUCUUAAAAUUACAUUCAUGGGUGUUCAAUAUCUAACCAAUCAUAGUAUAGCAGUCAGCAGGCUGGGUAUUAAAAAAUGAUCCUUCUGUCCAAAGGGACUUUCUCCAUUAUAACUGUGUUACUGUUUUGUUUUUGUUUUUUUUCCUCUCAAUAAAUAAAUAGGAAACUUAACAUCUAAGCUGAGUCAGAGCCUGAUGGAACCGAGGCAAUGGUGUAAUUACUUUCAUCAGAUCACAAUAUAAAAAUGUGUUUCAUGAUGGCAAAUCACAUAGGACAUUUAACUCUCCAAUAUCUGUCUUGCGAGUAUUUCAAGGGCACUAAAAUACAUAAAAGUUUUAAAUAAGGUUUUUUGAAUUCAGACAGAUCCAUAUUCAGGUAGUCUGAUUUUUCAGAGCCAUUGCAUAGCUAUGGCACCCAAGAACUCAGAAACGCUGGUCUCCAAUGAAAGAGGGAGAACACGCUUAAAUGUGCAAGCGAGCUCAGUGUCAGUUGUUUCCACUGAAAUUCUGCUUUUUGGUUAAUCUGAUGGGGAAAGUGGGACAAAUAAUUGAGGAAAGCAACUAUGCCAUUAUUGCAAGGAAGAGAGUAUUUGUUAUAAUCAUUGCUAUGUAGACAACUUUCUGCUCUUUAUGUUAACAUUUACGAUUCUCGGUUAUUUUGCUUCAGUCUGUACUUCUGGAUCCCAGUAAAGCUUCCUCGGGUUGGUGUGUCCGUGCGCGUUUCCCAUUCCCUGACUUCUAACGUCAGAUUCACAGCAGACAGGGAAAGUGAGGUCAGAGGGAAGUAUCGGCCCUUCUUCAUGGGACAAGCCCAGGGCAGGAUACCCUAUCACGUUUCUUGGAGUCUCGCAAAAGAUAAGAGCAGAUGAAGGGAGAAAAGCCCAGAGGAAUCUUUAUAGUGUUUUUCUGGCUAGGAAGGAUACUGUUUGCAGAGCUUUUUAGAGAUGCUGACAUUAGUGAUGAUCAAGCAGAGCAGAAUUAACCCUGUUGCAUAGUAUUGAGCAGUGCAGAAAGGAAGGGAUGAAGUCUGUUGCUCUUUUUGUGUUAUGCUUAUAGGGAAUUUGAUCUGUCUUGCCCAGAUGUGAAAGUCAGGAGCUUGUUACAGCCAUCACAGACGGAGGCGGUUGGCCAUUCGCCCAUGCAAAUAACCUUUCGUGGAGUGUUUUUCCAGACCGUGACUUUUCAGUAAAGCCUCAUCUUUCUACUGGAGCUGUAGCUCCAAUUCUGACUCUGUGACUAAGGUACUGCAUGGUGGCAGGACUCCACCUGCCCCAGGAGAAGGCAUGGAGAGCUCUGCUCCAGGAGGCUGCAGUGCUGGCAGAUCGCAGCUUCUUUGGGGCCAGUUACCCCUUUGAAACGGGCCCUUUGGUUUCCUUCAGUCGUUCUCCAUCCUCUUUACCCUGCAGUCUGUGGGAGAGGCAACAUUUGUCAGUCCUCAUCCUUCGAUUCGGUAGCUACUGUGCUUUUGGCACGCGGGCAGUCAGUGGAUCCAGAGAGAAAGCAGAAGACCUCUUCUGACUAGUUACUACUCCACCAAAAGGAGAAGGGAGUACUUUAGUCCAAAAAAUGCUUUUAUUUUCCACAAUCUCUUCCACCUUUACCAACCUAGGUAAAGCUUCUCUCAUACUGAUUAUAAAUCUCCUACUCUAAAAUGGUAGGAAGAAAACAGAAGUGGAAGGGGACAUUGAGUGAAACCUGAGCUGUUCAGCUGUCCUACCCCUGCGUGCUGUCCGGAAGCCCCGCGGGGCUCUUCUAUGGUAAAGCACGGCACUCCAGGGCACCUCCAACCUCACGCUGGCUCAGCAGUUUGGUGAAUGUUUUGUGUUAACUGCACACCAAGUUAUUUUUGCCUUACAUGAAGGAACCAAAAAUGAGACAGAUGAAUAUUUGGCAAAGGGUCUGUGUAUGAACAGCUCACGGAAGUGAAUUUGCAGUAGCAGUCAUACAACAGGUUUUUUGGGCUUUUUUUCUUUUUUUUUUCUUUUUUUAAAGUAAUUUGAUUUCAUGGCUUUCUGUAGAAUAUUGUAAUAAGUCUGCUGUAAAUACAAUAAAGUCAGUUUGCUGA